AUGGUGACCCGGUCAUCACGGUAUCCGCUGAUGAUUGAUCCACAAGGGCAGGCAUUGGCAUGGAUCAAAAACAAGGAGCGCAAACGCAUAGCACUCGAGCCGACCAUGUGCGUCACUACCUUGGGCAACAGGUCCUUGAAGGACCAGCUGGAGUGUACGAUCAGCCACGGAUUGUGCCUCGUUAUCGAGAACGUCGAGAAUGAAAUGGAUCCACUCUUGGACCCUGUCUUGGAGAAGGCGGUCGUUUUCAAGGCUCAGGCCAAGAAGUGGAUCAUCCGAAUUGGUGAUGCCAACGUGGAUUACGACGAGCGGUUUUGCUUGUACAUGACUUCCAGGCUGCCGAACCCGCACUUCAGUCCAGAGUUGUCUGCCAAAACUACGGUAAUCGACUUUACAGUCACCUUGCGAGGCUUGGAGCAGCAGCUGCUAGGCCGCGUCUUGAACAUGGAGCAGCGAACGCUGGAGGAGAUGCUGGCAGGGUUGAAGGAGGAAACCACAAAGGGCACGAAGGAGCUCCAGACGCUUGGCAAGCAAUUGCUCGAAAGGCUUUCCAACGCAAAGGGCAAUCUGCUGGAUGACACUCAACUCAUCGAGGUCCUCGCAAAUACUAAGGCUAAAGCAAAAGAGGUAGAAGCAAAGCUUAGCGAAGCCAAGCAGAGGACAGUGGAGAUUGACGAAAAACGGGAGCAGUUCCGGCCUGUGGCAACCAGGGGGAGCCUGAUGUACUUCAACAUGACUGACAUGAUCCUCGUCAACAACCCCAUCACACUGCAGCCGAGCGGCUGGAUGUACAACUGCUCCCUAGAUCAAUUCUUGGAGCGCUUCGACUUCUCGAUCAAGAACUCCGACAAAGUCCAACCAACGUCAAAGAGGGUGGAUCGCAUCAUCGACUCCCUCACAUACAAGGUCUACCGCUACAUGAAUCGCGGCUUAUUCGAGCGUGACAAGAUGAUGUUCAAGUUAAUGGUGGCGUUGAAGAUUAUGGUUGUGAACGGGGAGCUGACGAGCGAGGAUGUGCUGAUCUUCUUGAAGGCUGGUGGCUCCCUGGACAAGAACAACGAGCGCAGCAAUCCCUUCAUGAAGUGGAUGGGCGAGAAGGCGUGGCUGAACGCGAUACAGCUUACGCGUCAUGGAUUUGGCAGAGAUCAAAUUCCGAUAUUCCGGGAUCUGACAGACCUACUGCAGAGGAAUGAACUCGGUUGGCGCAAGUGGUUUGACGAGAGCGAGCCGGAGAACUCUCCAGUGCCUGAGUAUGAAGACAGAAUCGUGAUGGAAAGGACGAUAGGCCCAUUCAUACGUCUCGCGCUGGUGCGCGCUUUGAGGGAGGAUCGAGUUGGGAUUGCCAGCGCGCAGUUUGUUGACAAGCAGCUUGGACCCAAAUACACGGCACCAGUCAGUGACACGAUCACUGACAUCUACGAGGAAUGCAGCGCACGCAAACCCGUCCUGUACUUACUCUCAGCCGGAACAGAUCCAACAAACAUGAUCGACGAGCUGGCCAAGCGGAAAAAGAAGUUCCCCACUGACAAGGUGUCCAUGGGUGAAGGACAGGAGAAGGUUGCACGAGAGAAGAACGGCGCUGCAUUUCUAACCGGCGGUUGGGUUAUUUUGCAGAACUGCCAUUUGGGCACAGAUUACAUGAACGAAGUGGAAGAGGUCCUCACAAAGACGCCAGAAAUUCACGCCAACUACAGGCUUUGGAUAACCUGCGAGAUAACUUCCCGCUUCCCGAUUGGCCUGCUUCAGAUGUGCAUUAAAGUGACCCUUGAGCCACCAGCUGGACUGAAAGCUUCUCUGCAUAGGACCUACACGACCAUGGUCACGCAGGAGACGCUCGACAAGGUAGACCAUGAGAAGUGGCGAACGCUUCUCUUCACAGUUGCUGUCUUGCACAGUGUCGUGCAAGAGCGUCGCAAAUUUGGAGCAAUCGGCUGGUGUGUUCCCUACGAGUUUAACAACUCAGACUUGGAUGCAUCCCUGCUUUUCUUGGAGAAGCAUUUAUCCUCCACUAUCCUGGUGGGCCUUCCAUUGACGUGGAACACCAUCCAGUACAUGAUUGCGGAGGUGCAGUAUGGUGGCCGGAUUACCGAUGACUUGGAUAGGGAUCUCAUCAACACAUAUGCCGCUAAGUGGCUUUGCGACGAGAUUUUCAAGCCAUCUUUCAGCUUCAACAAUUAUCACGCUGAGUUCAGCUAUCAAAUCCCAGAUGCGAUGGACAUCGGCGUGUACAGAGACUACAUUGAAACCAUACCGCCAGUGGACUCACCGCUGAUUUUUGGCCUACACCCGAACGCAGACAUUACAUACCGUAUCAAGGAAGCCGCGGAAAUGCUGACAACAAUCAUCGAAACACAGCCCAAGGAAAGUAGCGCAAGUGUUGGGAAGUCAGUUGAUGAGCAGGUGAAAGAAUCAGCCAGUGAUCUGAUUGCAAAGCUACCCUUGGAUUUGGUGGAAGAGGUCUUCCGCGCGCAAAUUCAGAAAAUGAAAGGUCCUCCACGAAUCGAGGACCGAGGCUUCGGGGCACCUUUGAACAUUUUCUUAUUUCAGGAGCUGCAGCGGCUACAGAACAUCAUAAGCAUUGUUCGCAGCAAUUUAGACAACCUCGUUAUGGCGAUCGAUGGCACUGUUGUGAUGACACUGGACCUGCUGGAGGACUUGAACUGCAUUUUCGACAGCAGAGUGCCGCGCGGAUGGACGCAUGAUGCCUCAGGAGCGGAAAUCUCCUGGCUUCAACCAACACUCGGCUCUUGGGCAACGGGCCUGACCGACAGGUACAGUCAGCUGAAUACCUGGCUGGAAUUUGGACGCAAGGAGAUGAAGUCGUUCUGGAUCACCGGCUUCACAAAUGCCCAGGGAUUCUUGACAGGCAUUCGUCAGGAGGUGACGCGUCAACACAAAAGAGACCAAUGGGCCUUGGACGAGGUGGUGACGCACACGGAGGUCUUGACUCUUGACACUCCCGACCGUGUCCGUGAACUUCCAGAAGAAGGACAAAACAUACACGGGCUAUUCAUUGAAGGUGGCAAGUGGAACCGUCUUGAGGGAAAAUUAGAGGAGAGUGAAGCAAAAAAGCUUCAGCAAAACAUGCCGGUCAUCUACGUCACAGCGGUUGAAGUCAAGACGCUCAAAGCCAUGAACUCGUCAUCCGGGCCUUUUCCAUCCUUCAAUGCAGCGGUAUACAAGUACCCUCGCAGGAAUGACAGGUACCUGAUCUUCAGGUUGCUGCUCAGAUCUGGUGAGCACCAUCCUCAUCACUGGAGGCUUCGAGGAGUCUGCCUGGUGGCGCAGGCCUUGUCAGAGGGUAGCUUAGUCCACAAGUCUUGA